CUUCUCUUGCCUGCCGCCUUCCCCCAAUUAUUAUGGGAUCUCCACGACAUUAUGGGCUCCCGGUCGUGCCUGGAAGCUCUGCGUGGCUUUGUGGGAUCCCCACAUUUCUGUCCCCCCCCAGGUUCCUGGUCCAUCGUUACUCCGUGCUGCGGCAGCACGCCGAGGCCAGCGGCGCCGAGGGGCCAGAGACAGCAGACUCCCCCUCACCACCCUACGAAGGGGGGUACCACGACGACUCGGAUGAGGACCUGCUGGAGUAGCGGCGGCGCUGGGACGGCACGGAGCUGCGCUGGGGGGCAGGCAGGGCUGGGGGGGGGCUGCGCUGGGGGGGGGGCACGACAGCAGCAUGGUGUGAGUUCACCCAAA